AUGCUGAGCGGCGUCCUCUUUCUGAGCGUCCUCACGGUCACCAGCCUGUCACCGUCCGAAACGGAGAGCCGCAAAACUUCAGCCUCCAAAGAAAUCUGCAAGACCCGCUGCACCUGCGAGGAGCGGGAGAACAUACUGAACAUCAACUGUGAGAAUAAAGGAUUUACCACCGUCAGCCAGUUCCAGGCGCCCCCAAAUAAAAUCUCUCAGCUUUUUCUCAACGGAAACUUCCUGUCACGGCUCAGCGCCAACGAGUUUGUCAAUUAUGGCAAUGUCACUUCACUGCAUCUUGGGAAUAAUGGCUUGCAGGAGAUCCGAACCGGCGCUUUUAACGGGCUGCGCUUCCUGAAGCGGCUCCACUUGAACAACAACAACCUGGAGGUGAUUAAAGAGGACACCUUUGCAGGACUGGAGAGUUUGGAGUAUUUACAGGCAGACUAUAAUUAUAUCAGCGCCAUAGAGCCGGGUGCUUUCAGUAAGCUCAAUAAGCUCAAAGUGUUGAUCCUCAAUGACAACCUGCUGUUGUCUUUACCUCCCAAUAUUUUCCGCUUUGUGCUCCUCACCCACUUGGAUUUACGUGGCAACCGGCUCAAAAUGCUGCCGUUUGCCGGGGUUUUAGAGCACAUAGGCGGCAUCAUGGAGAUCCAGCUGGAGGAGAACCCAUGGAACUGCACCUGCGAUCUGAUCCCCCUCAAAUCCUGGCUGGACACUAUUUCUGUCUUUGUGGGGGACAUAGUGUGUGAGACUCCGUUCAGGCUGCACGGGAAAGACAUCACUCAGCUCAUAAAGCAGGAUCUGUGCCCGCGCAGGAACGCUGGUGAGCGUGUUCACCACCCCUCCGACUCUCACUUUCAAGGGGCCCUGCCCCCGACCUACCACCCCGGCGCGCUCACCCCCACCCGUGCCCCGAAAGCUUCCCGUCCGCCAAAAAUGCGCUACAGGCCCACCCCUCGCAUCACUAAGGACAAACACGUCUUUGGGCCCAUAAUGGUGUACCAGACGCGCUCCCCUGUGCCCAUGUUGUGUCCCAGUGUGUGUGUGUGCACGUCACAAAACCCCGACAGUGGAUUGAACAUCAACUGCCAAGAACGGAAAUUGCAUAACAUCAGCGAGCUGAACCCCAAGCCCUCCUACCCAAAGAAGCUCCACCUGACUGGCAACUACUUGCAGGUGAUUUACAGAACUGAUCUCACAGAGUACAGCUCGCUGGAGCUGCUUCACUUAGGGAACAACAGGAUAGCAGUGAUUCAGGAAGGCGCAUUUGAGAAUCUAACAAACCUCAGGCGGCUCUAUCUGAAUGGGAAUUACAUUGAAUCGCUUUCUCAGUCUCUCUUCGCCGGCCUUCAGUCGCUCCAGUAUCUGUAUUUGGAAUAUAACAUCAUCAAAGACAUUUUACCACAAACAUUUAACGCUUUACAUAACCUGCAGCUGCUUUUCCUGAACAACAACCUGUUAAGGUCGCUGCCUGACAAUGUGUUCGGUGGCACGAUGCUGACGAGGCUCAACUUGCGGAAUAAUCAUUUCUCCUACCUGCCGGUUCGAGGGGUCCUGGACCAGCUCUCGGCAUUUAUCCAGAUUGACCUCCAGGAGAACCCCUGGGACUGCACCUGUGACAUCGUGGCGCUCAAAAACUGGAUGGAGUUGUCCAGCACCAGCGUAGUGGUCAACGAAAUCACUUGCGAUUCGCCGUCGAAACACGCAGGUCGCCUGCUGCGCUCGCUCCGCAACGAGGCCAUCUGCCCUGAGCCCAGUGAGGUGCCCCCCCCACAAAACGCCCCCCCUACAAAAGCUCCUACUUUGAUAAGCCCCAGCACUGAGGCUCCCACCCCUUCCUCAUCUUCUUCUUUCAGCUCAGUUAGCCCCACUGAAUCCCGAAUCCACACCCCUGAGUUACACCCUGAGGUCCCACUGUCAGUGCUGAUUCUCGGCCUCCUCGUUGUUUUCAUCCUCUCGGUCUGCUUCGGCGCAGGCCUCUUCGUUUUUGUUCUGAAGCGGCGCAAAGGAGUGGAACACGUCCCCACAGGCGCCAACAACUUAGAUCUCAACUCUUUCCAAGUGCAAUAUGGCUCCUACACUCCCGAACCGACCCAAGACAAAACGUCUGAAAGCCACGUUUAUAACUACAUCCCGCCGCCUGUGGGCUCCAUGUGCCAAAACCCUAUUUACAUGCAGAAGGAUGGCGAGCAGGUGGCGUAUUACCGCAACCUGAAGGAGCUCAGCUUUGGGCCCCUGGAUGCAAAGAAGGAUGAUGUCCUCACCCGCAGCCCAGGGGCCUACACCAUCAGCACAAUGGAUUUUAUGGAUAAAUCUCCAACAUCAUGCGGUUUGACCACCCCAGAGCCUCCGGAGAUGCUGUAUCAAAACUUAGGGGAGAGGCCCAACAAAGAGCUCCCCACAGCUGCAGGCAUCCCCCCUUUCCAUUACAACUUUUGCACUUUACCUAAGAGACCGUGUAUCGUGCCCCCUUACGAGGCCGCUACAGCCCGGCGGCAUGUCACCAACCAGGACAGGUUGAACAAAACCGUGCUGUACGGGACCCCCAGGAAAUACUACGGGGCCGAACACCCUUCCAAAAACAAUGAGCACCCACUUCUGCUCCCUGGGAAGCUAAAAACAGAACCAGACUACCUGGAGGUUCUGGAGAAACAGACUGCGAUGAGCCAACUGUAA